UAUUUGAUAGGAUUUUAACGCAGACCGUCCGCGUCUAUGUUUCUUGAACGACGUAUUUACGCGGACAUGAGGUCAAUAAAAAAACUUUUAAUAUAAACAAAGAUAAAUUCAUAGUUUUUUUAAUAUGGAAAAAGUGUGGUGCGUGAUUUUCUUGUGUUUAAUAUAUUCAGCAUUUAUAUCCACACAGGAAGAAGGUGAAGAAUGUGAAUUAGAAGAAGCCGAAGGUGUUUUUGGAGAGUGUAAACCUCUAUACAUGUGCAGUUACGCCAGUCGACUGGUUAAUAAAGAGAUUAAACAGCCAACGGUGUGCUUCAUCAGCUCAACCGGUAUAACAUACGUAUGUUGUCCAAAAACUUUAUACAAAACAGGGAUACUUGGACGAACAUUCUUCGAUUCUAUAAAUGGACGACUGAUGUAUGACGACAUUGACUGUCGCUACACUGGGCAAUUCCCGUUGAUUUGCUGCAAAAGGAAACCUAUUACGGCGUCUCCACGUCUUGACAAUCGUCUCGGAGAGGAUUGCAAUCGCCAACAUAAUACAAAGACAACUGAAGCCUGUAAAGCAUGCUACACAUAUCAGAAGCCUCGCAGUUCAAAUAUAGUCUGUCCUGAAGAGGCGGGCAAUAGAAUUGCUGGUGGUGAGCCAGCGGAGAUUGAACAGUUUCCGCACAUGGUAGUGUUAGGAACUCGCGUGGAACAAAAGGCCGAUUCGACAUCAGCUGAUAUUGUAUGGAUUGGUGCAGGCACUUUGAUAACAGAGACGUUUGUGUUAACAGCAGCUCAUGUACUUCAUUCGCAAGAUAACGGCAAGAUCCAAUAUGCUUUGUUGGGUACGUCAAAUAAAAAAAACGUUAGAGAUGGCAUUUUGAGGUUUAUAAUUCAAUGGAUACGACACAAAAUGUAUACCGUGGGUUCUCACUACCAUGAUAUCGCGUUAGUCGAGUUGGAUUACAGGGUACCAUUAUCAAAAUUCAUACGACCGGCAUGCCUGCCAGUGGAGGGGAUAGUACCAGACAAAAUCCCCACCCUGAUGACAGUAGCCGGCUGGGGAAGGACCGGUCAGUACGCAGAUGCUUCCCAAAAGCUGAUGCAAGGUGAUAUGCAAAUUCAAAGCACUCACAUAUGUCGCAAGGGUCUACAAUCGAAGUAUAGUAUAUGGGAUCCAAAUAUUAUGUUCUGUGCCAAAGCUGAAACAGCGGACACUUGUUAUGGAGACAGUGGUGGUCCAUUAAUGUCACCUCUUAAAGAAAAUUCCAUGCUCUGCGGAUACUAUGUGGUGGGGAUAGUGUCAUAUGGCACAGUUUGUGGUGUUAACUCCACUGGGGCGUACACAAAAGUGACAAACCAAGGCUACUUAGAAUGGAUAUCAAACAUUGUUUGGCCCACUAGGGUGCGACAAAAUAAAUAGUUGUUAGGUGGCCAAAAACUAGUCCAGGUACCCUUUCUACCUUAUUCUUAUAAGGGAAAGAUAGAAUGGGAAAGUGGAAUUAACAAGGUAGGGAAAAAUUACUCUUUCUCUAUGACCUCUGUCCAUUAAAACUAGGCAAUUUUUCAAUAAAUUUUUAAAAUAAAAAAGUUUUCAUAUUAAUAUCAAAGUGUACAUACAUGCAUGUUAAAAACUUGCUUAAUAACAAAUAAAUA